CCAAAGCAAAAAGAACUAUAUCUUUCGACACACAUGGUCAUCGCUAACUGUACGUCCUAUACAUUCGCCGCAUCCAUUCACUUCACUCAUCUGCCCCGCCCCCCUUUGAGCCACCACCCCUCGCCGCCCAAUACGAUUGACCAUAAUCGGCCAAGAACUCCUCACCGAAGGCCACAGGCCUCGUCACCACCAGCAGGGUCCGCGGCAGCCCGUCGAUGAAGCAGCUGCUGAACGAAACGUUGGGCUGCUCCGAAAUGCCGCGAUAGUCGUUGACAAAACGGAGCUCGUUCCCGGCCCUGAAAAACACCACACAUGGAUGCCGAUGACCACAGGAGGGCCCAUGAGCAAGCGGCCGUACUUGGAUGCGUCGACCGACACAGCUUCCCAGUCGGCCUCGUCCUGCACCAACUGCGGCCAAUGCACAGAAAUCCAUGUCAUCACCAGCAGCACUUCUAUCUGUCGGCCCUCUGUCGACCCGGCCCGCUCACUUUGCAGACGUAUGGGCCAUCGCGUGACGGCGGGACCAGGUACCCCGUGUACCUGCAGCACACAACACAACAAAGGGCGGGGGGACAGACAGGGCAGCACGUCACAUCCACCCACUGCUCCAUCGACGUCAGUCAGACCUACUCGCCGAGCACUUCAAAGGGCUCCCAUCUGCAAGAGAACACAGACAGGCAGGGAGGCAACCAACCCAACACAAUGGAAUCAUCGCAUGAAACCAUGAUCAAGUAGCCUGUGUGGCUCUCCUUCUCCUCUUAAUUGCAGUUGGUUGACCUUCUCGCAGCGACCAGGCGCCGUCUGCAGACGCACCAACCGCCCCGCACCAU